UUUGAACCACGUCAGUAGGGCCGCUUCUAUAUCAGGAAAUUUUUACGUCCGCGCCUUUUUUCUUGCGAGCUCGUGAUCGCCGGUCAGGAAUUUCGCCUUUAUCUCGUCCUUUUUCCUAAUCCACGUUUAGAGCGUAUUUUGCGGAAUGCCAAACUCUUCUGCUAUCUUCUUCUUGGUAUUGAGGCCUUUCUCGACUUCUAUGAUGGCCUCGUACUUUUCCUUGAACGACUGAUUUUCAAGCUUCCGCUCAGUCCCCCUCUUGGCCGAUCCAGAUAUCCCCCCGGGUUGGAUACUGGGUCCUUCUCUGGAUUGCUCGACCGACAACUCAAAAUAUUCUUUCAAGUUAGCCAUGAUAAUGACUGUUGGAGUUCAAUGAUAGAACAACAUUCUGUAAAUUUGCGACGGUUUAUAUACGCAAAAAUAUAACUCAAUGCAUUUUGGAAUGUUGUUUGUAAAAACAAUUAGUCUUUCGGCCCUUCGGCCUUUCGGCAGGCUGCGUAUUAAUUGCAGUUAAUUGAUGUUAAAGUGACAGGCCUUACUCAAGUGUUAAUGGCUAACGACAUUACACACGUGUGAUCAUUGUUGCAAUCAACGGAUCAAUUAUCUACGGCACAGUAUCGGGAGCAGCCGGGCGAAGCGGGACGGUGAAGUAUCACAGAAAAAUUUUCUCACCUUUUGCCGACACUUUGACAGUUCUCGCACUUCGAGAUAAACCACAGUAAAUACAUGUAAAAUCGGGACUCGGGACAAAAUUUUAUAUCGACAUAUCGGAUUAUUCGAAAUAACGAAAAUCGAGAUAUGCGAUGUUUAUUCAUAUAGGUAAAGAAGGAAAAAAAGUUCGGACAUUAAGAUUACUUCAACAUAUCGAGAAUAUCGAGAUAUCCGAUGUCGAGAUAACGAGAGUGGACUGUAUUUGCAAGAAAGCAACACUAUGUGACAACAGCCUCAUUCAUCAUAUACUCAUUCGAGCUAGUUUGAAUAUUAACCGUCUUUAUUUUCUUUUGAACCACUAUACCUACAUGGUACAUCGAAGAAGUACAUUAAAAACUGAUUAAUAACGCUUCUAUUUAAGUAGAUACUAGCGACGAAUGGCUUCAUUGUUUACGGAAAUGUCCGAAAUGAUUACGGUAUGGUUAUAUUGUUUACGGAAAUACGCGAAAGGUUUACGGAAAACCCCGACCGCUGCUUAACCUAAGUAUUUCCAUUCUAUACAUAGAUGGUGACGUCAAUACGUUAUUAUCACGAAGUAUUUCUGAAAGUAGUAAUGUCAACUCUAUUCUGGUUUGCAACAUAUAUAACAAAACUGGUUUACAUAACGCCGUAGAAGCGACCAUUAAUCGAUAGAGUUUGUGACCGUAGUAAAAUACAGCUAAAAUACGAUUGAUCUUAGUUGUUUUAAUGCUGUGAUCAAAUGUGUAUUAUGAGUUAUUCUAAUGGAACGUUGUUGCUAAGUAUCUAAUGGAACGUUGUUGCUAAGUAUAAUAAAAUUAGAUGACCGGUUAAUAUUUUACAGUUAUAAGCGAUAAAUAUGUGAGCUCAUAACUUUGCGCCAAAUACUACGCGUGUACCUGCACUUAGUAGGGUUAAUGAUACAGUAUUUAAAUCUUUACAUUAAUUUGUUCAACCGAGGAUAAUUCAGGCUAUUGAUUAAUUUGGCAAUAAAGUGAUACCGAAGAAUUCUUCUCGGAAACUCCCAUAAAAUCAUAGCUGUCUCGGUUUCUCCAACCAAAGACAAACAUGACCGUUACUGAUGACCCGGAGCCCGAUGACGCUAAGAUGUCGGUCAUUGACGGCUUAAACCACGACGACGGCGACGACGGAUAUAUGACGGUGGACAGCAGGGAUCAGAUUCUUGAUCAUGCCGACAUGGAGUCGGUCCACGUGGAAGUGAGAGGCGAGAGCCCGGAUGUACCGGAGGUGACGACAAGGGCGGCAAAGGCGCCCGACGGAGGUUGGGGUUGGUGUGUGGUUCUUGGGGCGCUUAUUAUGAGAACCGUCAUAGGUGGGUUUGGCCGCUCACACGGUCUCUUCUACCUGAGGUUCAAGGACCGAUAUGGCGGAACUGCGACCGAGACGGCACUGGUGACGUCACUUACAGGCUUCGUGCGCAUGGCAUCAGGUCCAUUUGUGAGUGUUCUCAGCGGCCGCUUCUCAUGUCGCUUGAUUACCGCCAUAGGGACUGUGGUCCUCAUGGCCGGCGUUGUCAUGACCGGAUAUUCCCCGAACCUGCUGUUCCUUUACUUCAGCUAUGGCCUCGUUGCAGGUCUCGGUAGAUCCUUGGCGAUGACGCCGUGUCCGAUACUGCUGGGGUACUACUUUGAUAAGCGUAGGAGCCUCGCAUUCGGUAUUGCGUCUGCCGGGUUCAGCAUAGGAGGAUUUGCGAUCACUCCGCUGAUAGAACUACUAUUCCAGGAAUAUGGCUACUCGGGUGCAUUUCUCAUCCUCACUGCCUUUACCAUGAACAUUUUCGUAGCUGCAGUCUUGUUCAGACCAUUACAGGCCGAUAGUAAAAGGGGGAAGUGUUCAAAACAGACUCAAGUGGACUCAGAUGAAGCAAAACAAGCCCUGAUUCAAACAGCAAUAGUGAGUAAUGAACUACGUCAAAGUGACGAUAUAGCCGUAAAUGGUUCUGCAGUGAAUGGACACGUUGAAGAUGUAACCAUCGCUCUGAAGACGUGUGAUAACAAUGUGGCUAUUAGCGAUCUCGCAUUUACUAACGGUCAGUCUGAAAAUAUUGGAAUAUUACUUGAAGACAAGUCUGCAUCUGCAAAAACGUGUAGUUUCUUUCCUAAAAUAAUUACAAUUGAGCUUGCUACUACUAACGAGAAGAAAUCAAUGCCACACGACGAAGUGACUAGUCAAACAAGUAAAUUAAGCGUAGACAAAACAGCUUCCGAGAACGCUAAAAUAUUUGGAGCCGAGACUGACACUACAAAUGAAACGUCCGAAGACGAGACUCAAACACGAAAUGAAGAAGAUGACAAUAAAAAGAAGCAAAAAUGGAUGUCCUGGUCGAUAUUGAAGAACCCGAGGUUCAUGUGUUAUACGUUCGCCAUGUUCUGUUUCUCGCUUCCGGCCUCCGGAACGUUCUUUCCAGCGUUGGCCAAAUCGAAAGGUUGCACUGAGAUUCAAGCAGCCACCAUACUAUCUAUAAGCGCCGGAUGUGACAUGGUUAUACGGGUUAUCUCCGGGUUCGUCCUUGACCUCGAGUUUUUCCGGAACAAGCGCCCCCUGGUAUUCAACAUCGUGACCUUCUUUCAAGGGUCCGUGCUCUUCCUGUUUCCCAACAUGACCAGUUUUUCCGGGUUCGCCUUGCUCUCCGUACUUGAGGGGGCUUUUACUGGCAUUAAAGAGGCGCAGGGCAGUGUUGUGUUACUAGACAUGCUGGGCGUGGACAAGUUCGCCAGCUCCCUGGCCGUACAGAUGGCGGCACAGUGCGUGUCGCUUCUGGUGGGACCUACCAUUUCUGGACGACUGGUCGACAAUUCAGGGUCAUAUGAAGGCGCAUUCAUCUUCGGUGGAAGCUCAAUUUUAUUAGGGGGUGUUGUCAUGGCAAUCGGAAAUAUUUACAAUAAGAUCGCAACGAAAAGAUCCAACCUUGCGGGGAAAUAGAAGGGAAAAGAAGAGAAUUGACUAAAACUGAAAACGAAAUUUGGAAACGAUUGUUUUCAUGCCCUUGGUGCCUAAAGUAUUAUAUAAUGAUUCAUUAUUAAACAAGAAUAUCAGUGAAACUGAUGGAUGCUCCCAAAUGAUGCGCUUUGUCAAUGUAUGUGUUAAUAAACACCUAAAACAUC